GCAUACGUGCUUCAUCAAGAGUGUAACUGACGUCAGAGAUAUAAUUCUGCUUCAAUUACUUAAGUAGAUGAAGAAUAAUGAUAAAUGACAAUGGAUAAGACCUAUAUCGCCAUUGUACUUCAUAGCUUUGGAACAGAUGAGCUUUCUAAAUCAGUUCAUGACUCAUUAUGUAGCGUUGCAUCCGAGCUAUUCUCACAAUUAAUUUCAUUGAAGUUCAUCAACCCUCUCUGAUACUGUGUCUGUUGAUGUGAAGAUAAAUCAUCUGGUAUCUUUUUUAGACGAGAAUGCAGUAGUAAUCCAGUGAAUAAAGCUCAAACUCUUAGAAAAACUACUUCUACAGUUGGACGUUAGUGCUUACAAGUUUCAUAAACAAACUAUGUACUGAUCGGAAAUUAUAUAGCUUUACCCAUUGUGUUGAUGAGAUGGAAGAUUCAGAAACAUCUAGAGAUGCCAAUAUUUAAGCUAACGAACUCAUCUUUUGGGUAAAGAAUGACCAUAGAUUAAACUUCAAUUCUAUUCGAAAACAUCAAGAAUUAAUUAUGUAUCUGAUAAAAAAACAGUGCAAAAUUGGGUAGAUAGUCAUUGUCAGAUUAAAAAGUUUCAUGCAAAAAAAAAAGGUGUCACCCAUCAUAACUCUUUUUGUACUUAACCCUUUACCCCCCAUUGGUCACUGGAGUGACCAUUUAUAGAAAUGUUGCAGAAUUCAAAAAAACAUGGAAUUGAAAAGCUUUUACGGAACUGUUUCUAGGGCAUAUUGUAGCCUGAAUGACAGGCUUUUCGCAGAUCACUUUGCCCCUACUAUUGGCAUUUCGGGAAGAUUUAUCUUCUAUUUCCAAUGGCUGAUUUAUUACGUUUUCUGAAACUUUUCUGGGGGGUAAAGGGUUAAGCUAUCGAAACAGAAUUAUGUCUGUGGCCUUCACUCUUGACUAAGUAUAUGCACAAAAAUUUCCAAGAUUCUAACAUUUAUAAUGACUGAUAUCCUCGAGGAAGAAGACUAUUCUUCCCUACUAUAAUAGACCAAUAGUGAAUUGAUCACAAUGAAAAUAGGUAUCGUCAUCUUAACUUGAUGGAAUUAGUUGAUUCUUUUUAUCGGUGACAAAGGAGUUUGUAUAAUUGAGAUUGAUCAGAUAAACAUUGAACAGAAACUUUUUUUAGGUAUCAAUAUAAACUUUAUUUUAAAAGAAAGAAAACUAAAUAAACGUUUAUAAUUACUUUGAUAAUGUAAUUUUUUGUUGUUUGUUCUUUUUUUUUUAUUCAUCGUUACAUCAAAAAACAAACAAACUUUUUAUUCAAAUUAGAAGUCAUACUCUGAAACAUAUUUUAUCAGUAUGAUAGAUGAAUCAAAUCAUUUGGUCAAGCUAUAAUUAAAUUAUUUUACUUCUUUUUCAGUAAAAUAAUAUUUGAAUUAUUAACUAUUCCUUUGUAUAAUUUAAAACUGAAUAGCAAUCCAUUGAUUCUUUAUUUAAAAAAUAGGCCGAAAGUUUCUAGACAAAAUAUUUGACUAUUUUUCGUAUAUUAAAUGCAUUGGAAAAGAGUGAGAAACAGUGUAUUAGAAUCAGAAUUUUGCACACUGUUAGAAUUAUUCUGUGACUCUUGAGUGUGGGGCAUGUAAAUAAAUCUUGACAGGACGCAAAAAAAAAUUCUAGAGAGGUAAAAAUCUUACUCUCCAAAUGAUAGAAGAAUGGACUUUUGAUUAAUCUGCUAAAAGAUAGCAGAGUUGUGUCCUUUACUUUUCUACGAGAUUUACUACUUUGUAGAGAAUUAUUUCCUCUAUCUUUCAAUAUAUUCGAUAAAAUUCUGUGACAUGUCUCUAACAAAUUUAACUGAAGCUUUCUCUAAAAACCAAUUUUCUGAGUCAUUUCAAAAUUCAUUUAUAACUCAAUAGCCACAGAAAAAUUUCAAGCAUAUAUUCUGAAACAAAAUAUAUUUUUGAUUUUCAUAUGCUACUAAUGCAUUUAAAUACGUGAAAAAUAGUCAAAUAUUUAUCUUCGCCGAAAUUCGAUGAUUUGCACUUAGUAAAUAUAGUGAUGUGCCAAGUUGAUAACUAACUCGAGUAGGUAUUUAAUAAAGGCCAUACCGUAAUUCACAUAUCAUAGUUGAAUAGAUGCUAUGUAUAUGAUAAAUAUUCAGAAAGAGUGAACGUAAGGAAUGAUCGCCAAAAUGAAACUCACGAACAUAGAUAAUCGAAAGGUGUUCGACGAUCUUCAUUCUGAUGCACUUCACCUCAAUGAUCUCUAUUUCGACGAUGAGAUAUACAACCACAUAUUUUGUCUAGAAACUUUUGAUCCGUUCCUUAUAUCAAUUUGUUAUAACUAUUCGUUUAUUUUAGUUCUGAAUAUCGUACAGAUGAUUGUGCACGUAUUGUUCUUGAUAAACUUGAACAACUUGGUUAUCAUGUAAUUUCCAUGACAGGCAUUGGACAAACAUGUAUUUGGCUUUUACAUAAAGAUUAA